AUGCACUCUGGUUGCCGUCCCCGCGCGCACCGCCGGGGUGGGGACUGAGAGGCCGCCUGGCUUGGUCGCUGGCCGCUCGAUUUUCUCGCUGCUUGUGGUGUCGCCAUUUUCUACGGGAAGGUCGGGCCGGUGUCGAGGCGCAUGGCAGGGAGGUACCAAAUAUUGAAGCAUGUUUGUUCCAAGGUCUCUUAAAGUGAAGAGGAAUGCUGAUGAUGACCUAAGCUGUACAGCAAAAAUAAAAAAGUUGUCUUCUGGAGAACCCUCAUUAGUGGAGGCCACAGACUUCAGAGAUGUCAAGCCAGCUAUAAAAGACACUUCUGCUUCAGGAUGUAAUUUAUAUAAAGCAGUACAAGAAUGUACAGAGCGACACACUUUUCCAGAUUCAGACUUCCCCUUUGCUGAUGAAUCUUUGGGAAGUGACAACCAAAAUGUUGAUGAAGACAGCUCCUCUGUAGACGAACCCAUUAAAUCUUUCAGCAAAUUCCAGCGCUGGGCAGAACCUGGAGAACCUAUAUGUGUUGUUUGUGGUCGUUAUGGUGAAUAUAUUUGUGAUAAAACAGAUGAAGAUGUUUGUAGUUUAGAAUGUAAAGCCAAACAUCUUUUACAAGCUAAAGAAAAGGAAGAAGGGUUAAACUCUGACAGUCUUGUGAAAGUAGAAUCAAAACCAGAAACUCUUUUGCCUGUCACGCUUUAUACUUAUAAAGAACAUUCCUUUAUUUUAAGCCUGCAAGAUGACCAGAUCAAGAACCUUAAAUUACAGUUAGGUAUUGUUGUCCAGGGCGAAGGAGUUACAAGACCUAUUAUAGAGUUUGAACACUGUGGUUUUCCUGAAACUUUAAACUAUAAUUUAAAGAAUUCAGGCUAUGAAGUUCCAACCCCUGUCCAGAUGCAGAUGAUUCCUGUUGGACUUUUGGGAAGGGAUAUCGUGGCCAGUGCAGACACGGGCUCAGGAAAAACUGCAGCCUUCCUGCUUCCAGUUAUUAUUAAAGCCUUAGAAGAGACUAAAACUCCGUCUGCACUUAUUGUGACACCAACGAGAGAGUUAGCCAUUCAAAUAGAGAGACAAGCUAAAGAGCUGAUGAUUGGUCUGCCAAACAUGAGAACAGUUCUUCUUGUAGGAGGUUUACCACUGCCACCCCAACUUCAUCGUCUAAAACAAACUGUUAAGGUUAUAAUAGCAACACCCGGAAGACUAUUAGAUAUUUUAAAACAAAGCUCUGUUCAGCUCCAUGGUAUUAAAAUCGUAGUUGUGGAUGAAGCUGAUACCAUGUUAAAGAUGGGCUUCCAGCAACAAGUGCUGGAUAUUUUGGAAAACACCUCCAGUGAUCGUCAGACCAUAUUGGUUUCAGCCACAAUACCAGUUGGCAUUGAGCAGCUGGCAAAUCAACUUCUGCAGAAUCCUGUGAGAAUAACCAUUGGAGAAAAGAAUCUGCCAUGUUCCAAUGUUCGCCAGAUUAUCUUGUGGGUAGAAGAACCAUCUAAAAAGAAAAAACUAUUUGAAAUAUUAAAUGAUAAGAAACUCUUCAAACCUCCAGUAUUGGUAUUUGUGGACUGCAAGCUUGGAGCAGAUCUUCUGAGUGAUGCUGUUCAUAAAAUCACAGGAUUACAAUGCAUAUCGAUGCAUUCUGAUAAAUCACAAACUGAAAGAACAAAUAUAUUGCAGGGAUUAUUUCAGGAAAAAUAUGAAGUCGUAGUAAGCACUGGAGUCCUUGGGCGAGGGCUUGACCUUGUCAAUGUCAAACUGGUUGUAAAUUUUGAUAUGCCCUCAAGCAUGGACGAAUACGUACAUCAGGUUGGAAGAGCAGGAAGGCUGGGUCACAGUGGAACUGCAAUUACUUUUAUCAAUAACAACAGCAAGAAGCUUUUUUGGGAUGUUGUAAAGAGAGUAAAACCAACAGGCACGAUUCUUCCUCCACAGUUGCUAAACUCCCCUUAUCUUCAUGAUCAAAAGAGAAAAGAACAACAGAAAGUUACACAAUCACAGAACAGUCUUGUAACAGCAGUCUUGGAUGAAGACCCAGCACAUGUUGUUCAUUUUAAGAACACUUCCGCUACAGAACUGACAAAACGCAAAGAAGGUACCAAUGUGAGAUUUCUAAAGAUAGCUACGGCACUGGACCCAAGGUUUAAGAAUCUGAAGUGCCUUCCAAAAUCUGAGAGGGACGGGGUGUGGAGCAUGCUUUCAGAAGUCUUAAAAGAGCAACACUCAGAUGCAGAAACUUCCGAACCUCAACCACCAUAAAAGAAAACCUUCUGCUGGUGGCAUCUGACUCAGAGGAUGAAAAUGAACAUGCGUUGGUCCACGCUGCUUUGGAUUGUUAUUGAGCAGAACCAGUCAUCAGCAUGGACAUAUGUCCCCUGGAAUGGUGGUUGAAGCAUGAAGGGACAUAUGAAUCUUUAGCGCAUCUGGCACGUAAAUAUCUUGUGACGCCAGCUACAAUAGUGCCCGGAGAAUGCCUGUUCUCACUUUCAGGUGACAUUGUAAACAAGAAGUGGGAGGCAUUUUCUCCUGCAAAUGUAAACCAACUUGUUUGUCUGAGUGAUUGGCUGAACAAGAAGUAGGACUGAGUGGACUUGUAGGCUCUUAAGUUUUACACUGUUUUAUUUUUGAAUGCAUUUUUUUGUACAUAAUUCUACAUUUGUAAGUUUAACGUUCAUGAUAAAGAGAUUGCAUUACAGUACUUGUAUUAGUUUAAUUGAAAAAUAGUAUAUGUUUUGGUUUUUUACAGUGCAAAUACUUGUAAUCAAAAAUAAAUACAAAGUGUACACUGCUCACUUUAUAUUCUGUUUUGUAAUUGAAAUCAAUAUAUUUGGAAAUGUAGAAGACAUCCAAAAAUAUUUAAAUAAAUGGUAUUUUAUUAUUAUUUAA